AUGGCGGCAUCGGUUACACCUCUACGCUCCUCCUUCAGGAUUUGCGCCCCGCUAACCGCCCACUUUCACUGCUGCCGCGCCAAACUGCGAAUACACAGAAAAUACGAGAGUCAGAGGAGGCAUCUACAUGACUCGGCGAGAAGGCAUACUGCUGUGGUGAUUUCGGGGACGGAGUUGGUUCGACAGCUUCACAGAGAAAUCCAGCGUGAUGUUGAGGAGCUGGUGGCUCAGGGUAACCUGAGACCCCACCUUGGAGUGGUCCUAGUUGGAGACGACCCAGCCAGUCGAACCUAUGUUAGGAACAAGACCCGGGCAGCCAGCAUCCUGGGUAUCUCCAGUGAGACAGUGGUUCGGCCGAGCUCCGUCUCUCAGGAGGAGUUGUUGGAGCUCAUCGACGAAAUGAACCGAGACUGGAGGGUCAGUGGCCUUUUGGUGCAGCUGCCACUUCCAGAUCACAUCAACGAGCGAGCAGUAUGUAACGCCAUCGCUCCAGAGAAGGAUGUCGAUGGCUUUCAUAUUGUGAAUAUUGGAAAGUUGUGCCUGGGCCAGAGAUCCAUGGUGCCAGCGACACCUGCAGCUGUCUGGGAGAUUAUCAAAAGAGCAGGUAUUGAGACUGUGGGAAAGAAUGUACUGGUUGCUGGUCGCUCUAAAAAUGUUGGAAUGCCCAUUGCAAUGUUGCUGCAUACUGAUCGCAACCAUGAACGUCCCGGAGGUGAUGCCACAGUGACCAUCGCACACAGGUGUACACCAAGGGAACAGCUGAAAGAGCUAACGAACCUGGCUGACAUCGUUAUUGCAGCUGCAGGCGUUCCUGGACUGAUCACAGCAGAUAUGGUGAAAGAGGGUGCAGCAGUCAUCGACGUUGGCAUAAAUCGCAUCAAGAACCAAAACACGGGAAAGGUCCAGCUUGUCGGUGAUGUAGACUUUGAAGGAGUAAAAGAGAAAGCAGGUUUCAUCACUCCUGUUCCUGGAGGUGUGGGUCCGAUGACUGUAGCCAUGCUAAUGAAAAACACUGUGACUGCUGCCCGAAUCGCACUGAUGCAUUAAAUACUCUCCAUUUUAUAUAGACAGCGUUAAAAAAAGACAUACAGACAUGUAAAUGCAUACAUUUAUGUCUGUACCAACACAA